CAGUUCUGAAAGACGAUCCUGAGAAGAGAGUGAAUGUCUAGGGAUGGACUUAGUUAGCUUCGGGCGUCUGAACAAGUCUGGGCUGCAGUUCUUUCACUGCAGCUAAUAGCACACCAAGGAGAUAUGUCUUUAUUUCUCUGCUUGUAGUCAAUGAGAGGAUUUUUGCAGGCUGCACAGUUUUGAGGAGGGAAAGUCCGUUGGCAGAUGCAGGCGCGUCACGCAGGAGCAGUUAAAUAAAACUAAACUCUUUUCGAGACAUUCUCCUGACAAAUACAGGCUCAUUCAAGGGAAUUUGUCAGAUCAUGCAUGACUAAGGACAACGUCGUUUACUGCUUCGCCUCGGUGACCAGUUUUGAGCGGAUUUGAAAAUGAGGUGUUUGCUGCAAUGGACUCUGCUGCUUGCUGUGUUGCUGUGUCUCCCAUCACGGUCUACAGCUCAAGGUCAGUGCAAUAAUGUUGUUGCGGGAGACAUUGUGUUCCUAGUAGAUGGAUCAUCCAGUAUUGGCCGGGCCAACUUUGUGUUGGUCAAGAAUUUCAUGGCUGGAAUUGUCAAACCCUUUGCCAGAGUGGUAGGACCCAGUGGCAUCCGUUUUGGAACCGUACAGUACAGCGAUACUGCCAGGGUGGAGUUUACAUUUACUACAUACCUGAAUGGAACUGAGCUCAUAACUGCCAUAGAGAAUAUCAACUAUAAAGGUGGAAACACGCGGACUGGGGCUGGCCUAAAAUAUAUCGCAGACAACUUCUUCAGCCCGUCCUCUAUCAGAGAUGUACCCAAGAUCGCUAUUCUCAUUACUGAUGGUAAAUCUCAGGACAGUGUGCAGGAGCCUUCUCAAAAACUACGUAGCCUUGGAGUCAAAAUAUUUGCAAUUGGUAUAAAGAGUGCAGACCCAGCUGAGCUGAAGCUCAUUGCCUCUCUUCCUCAAAGUGAAUUCACCUCUCAAAUUGGGAAUUUCAAAGCUCUCAGCUCUUUGCUGCCCCUAGUGUCUCGACGUGUGUGUACAACAACUGGAGGCUCUUACUCAAGUGAUGAGACCUACAGUGGUCCAUCAGACUUGCAGUUUUCAGGUGAGACCACCAAUUCACUGAGAUUUCGAUGGACGCCUGCAGGAGGGCCUGUAAGUGGCUAUGUGGUCCAGUAUAGGCCACUAUCUAGCCUGGGUCAGCCAAUCACAGCAGAGCUUCGACAGGAAACAAUACCAAGCAACCAGCAGAGCUUCACUGCACGAGAGCUGCGUUCAGGCACAGACUACCUGAUCACUGUUAUUGCUCAGUACCCAAACAGCUUGGGAGAGUCAGUGUCUGGCAAAGCCCGAACAAAGCCUCUCCAAGGUGUGACUGCACUGCGACUGAUCCAGACCGGGUUUUUUACUCUGGCUUUGGGCUGGGACACUCCAGAUGACCAAGUACAGGGUUACAGAAUCACCUAUGGACCUACAGGUCAGCCUGCUGGACAGCUGCUGGAACAGUCUGUGGGGGCAGAGUCUACUUCUCUGACUUUGGUCGGGCUUAAGUCAGACACAGAAUAUGUGAUCAACUUGUACCCACUGUUUCCCCGUAACAGUGCCACACCAGCUACCCUGUCUGCCCGCACAUUGCGUUUAGAGGGAGUGCAGCAGCUUUCCGUUGACACUAUCUCAAGCAACAGUGUUCGAGUCCGCUGGACAGGAGUGGCGGGGGCCAGAGGAUAUAGAGUUGUUUGGGGCCCUUUCACAGGAAGUGAUGUGGAGACCGUAGAACUGGGAGGUGAUAGUGAAUCUCACACUCUGGGGAAUCUGAGACCAGACACAGAGUACAUCGCUACAGUCAUCGCUCUGUACGAAGGAGAAGUUGAAGGACCAGCAGCCACUGCACGUUUUAAGAUAGAGCGCUCAGAGCAACAGGUCCUGAGAGCCACGACUACAGGACCCACCAGCAUCAGAUUAAACUGGAACCUCAUAGAGGCCGCCAGAGGCUACCGACUGGAAUGGAAAGCUGGAGAGAGAGGCAGAGUUCAGAAGCAAGAGUUCCCAAAAAGCUCCACCAACUAUGAGCUCAGAAGUCUACAGCCGAACACAGAGUACAUCAUAACUCUAUACACACUCUACGAGGGGCGAGAAGAAGCUACUUUCUUUUCAACCAAACCAACAGCAGAGCAGCAAGUUGGUCCUGUCACGAACCUGAGGGUGGUGGAUUCACUCGGAAACAUUAUUCGAUUAGGAUGGACAGGAGUCUCUGGGGCAACACAAUACAACAUCCUCAUUCUUAAUACAGAAUCAAAUGCAGAGGUGAACAGAAGAGUUCCUGGGAAUCAGACCACCUUUGACCUACGGGAUCUUGAAGAUGGUGUACGCUAUGCUGUCAGUGUAAAUGCACUAGUUGGAUCCAAUGAAGGGGAACCAGCAACAGUGUACAUCGUAACAGAACCGCCACUGAGGGUGACCAACUUGCGGAUAGUUGGGAGCAACAGUCGACGAGUCAGGAUUGCAUGGACUGGUGUUUCUGGGGCAACAGGCUACCGAGUUACCUGGAGACAAAGCAACACUGCAGAGCAAUCCCGUGUCCUAGGUGGCGAUGUCACUGCCUACACUAUAGACGGGCUGCAGCCAGAUGAUUCUGUUGUUGUGGGUGUUGCCCCAGUGAUUGAUGGGCAGACUGGAGAAGUGGUCUCUGUGUCUACAAGAACCAGUGGUUCUACUGGAAUUGUUACAGGGCUAAGAGUCAAUGAAGUAACAUCUGCAAGGAUAGCAAUAAACUGGAUUCCUGUGAAUAGAGCAACAGGCUAUAAAAUAAUCUGGCGGCGAAGUGAUGGAGUGGAGGACUCUGAGAUUGUAUCCGCUGAUGUGGCUUCCUAUGCCAUUGAUAGACUCCAGGAAGGUGCAGCCUACCAAAUAUUAGUCUCAGCCCUUUUUAACUCACGGGAAGGACCUUCUGCCACUGUGACUGCAAGGACAGGUAAUCAGGCCACAGUGGGUCGCGUCACCAAUUUACAGGUGGUGGAGGCCCAAGGGGAGGUUGUUCGAGUGAGCUGGGUUGGAGUUCAAAAUGCGACUUCAUACAGAGUACUUUGGAAAAGGACUGAUGGAGGAGAGGAGCGGAGUCAGCUGGUUGGUGGUAAUGUGACCUCAGUGGAUCUGAGGCAGUUGGAUGAAGGGGCACAAUAUGAAGUGAAGGUUCUGGCUCUAGUUCGGAACAGAGAAGGCCCACCUGUCUCCGUCAGAGUCACUACGGGGAGCCAGAGAGGGACAAGAGUAGAGGGUUUGCGUCUUUUGGACUCGACCCCAGGGGGGCUCCGUAUAACCUGGAGAGCAGUGAGGGGAGCCAACUCAUAUCGAAUCUACUGGAGGUCCUCACAAGGUGAACCUGAAUCAAGUCGUCAGAUUAGUGGCGAUGCAACUUCAUACACCCUCGAUGGACUUCGUCCUGGUCUGAGCUACACUGUAAGAUUGUCUGCUGUGGUGGACGGUCAAGAAACUGAAGCUACCACCAUCAGAGCAACCACUGAUGCCCUGCCAGCUACGACUGGUUUGAGUGUGACAGACAGUACUGAGAACUCGGUACUUUUAGGCUGGUCACCGGUAACAGUAGCCACAGGAUAUAUUUUACGCUGGGCAGACGUAGAAGACACAGGAACGGGUCAGUCUGAAACGCUGCCCGGUACAGCCACUUCUUACCGUGUGACAGGUCUACGACUGGGCCGUCGGUACCGUUUCACCCUGCAGCCCACCUUCCAAAACCAGGUUGGACCUGAGACCAGCGUGGAGGAACGCACAGUGUGUGUGGGAGGGCGUUUGGAUGUUGUCUUCCUUGUCCCUGCGUCUCGUGAUCGCUCUGGCCUGGUGGGACCUGUGUUGUCUCUGCUCGCCAGUACUGCUGGAUCCUUUACCUCCAUCGGACCCAGAGACUCCCAGAUGGGGGUGGUGAUGUACAGUGAAGAUCCAAAAGUGCGCUUCCUCCUCAAUCGUCAUAGCAACAAUGAGACCCUUCUGCAGGAUAUUUUGACCACCCCAUUCAAUGACAGACCAGGAAAUAAUAUAGGCCAGGCAAUGACAUACGCACGUCAGUUUUUGCUGAGCGCACCAGCAGGUCGGAGGUAUAGUGUUCCCGGGGUGGUUGUUAUUAUCGCUGACGAGAAGUCAACUGAUGAUCUUAGCCAGCCUGCUGCUGCUGUUAGAGCCGAUGGUGUGACAGUGUUGGCGGUAGGAAUUGGACGUGCAGACUCUAGAGAGCUGCGUUCAGCAGUGACGGAUGGCAGCACUCAGAAUCUGCUCUAUGCUCAAGACGCAAAUCAGCUCAAUGGUCUCCAACCCGACCUGGCAGACCUCCUCUGUGGCCUUGCACGUGGGACUAGUGUCACGCCAGGGCCUUGUACCGCACAGUGUCCACAGGGUGCUAAAGGGGAACUGGGUCAGAAGGGUGAGAGGGGCAGAGAUGGAGUGGAUGGAAGAAAAGGCGAGCCUGGUCGUGAUGGUUUACCCGGUCGUGAGGGCCCCAGAGGACCAGAGGGGCCACCAGGUCAACCAGGCAGCGGUCUGGGAGUGAGAGGAGAGAAAGGCGAGAGAGGUUUCCCAGGAUUGGAUGGCAGUUCAGGUGUUCCAGGUCGUCCUGGUGCAGUUGGAUUACCAGGCAUUCAGGGAUUACCAGGUGUUACAGGAGACCCUGGAGAACCAGGCAAUUCAGGCCCUCAGGGAUUAAAGGGAGAGAAAGGUGAAAGGGGGGAACCUGGAUCUGCUUUAGGAGGAGGUUUACCGGGCCGUAAAGGAGAGCCAGGAAUCCCAGGGUUCCCCGGCACUCCUGGUCGUCUAGGUGCUGAUGGGCCAAAGGGAGAGCCAGGUGCACGUGGUCUGCCUGGACAGGAUGGUCGCCCUGGGUUGCCAGGCACUGCUGGAUUUUCUAUUAAAGGUGAAAAAGGCAGCCCUGGUGAGAGGGGUCCUCCCGGAGUGGGUAGUGGGGUAGCUGCUAAAGGUGAUGCCGGUGAACCUGGAAGUCCUGGACCGCCUGGUGCUCAGGGUCCACGAGGACUGACUGGACAAAAAGGAUCCAAAGGAGAAUCUGGUGAGGGUAUUGAGGGUAAACCAGGCCCCCAAGGAAACACUGGAGACCCUGGUGAUCGGGGUCCCCGAGGACCACCUGGUGAAAUUGGAAGUAAGGGUGAUCGAGGACAGACUGGACCACCUGGUUCAGAUGGAGCCAAGGGAGACAGAGGCCUUCCUGGUCCAGCAGGAGACAAGGGAGAUAAAGGUUCAGCAGGCCCCCCUGGACUUCAAGGACUGAGGGGAUUUCCAGGGAGCAGUGGCCUUUCUGGAGAAAAGGGUGCUGACGGUGAAAAAGGGCAACCAGGAAUCUGUGACUGUCAAGGUUCAUUUGGGAAGAAAGGAGAGCGGGGUGAAAGGGGCCUCCCAGGUCCUGAAGGCAGUAAAGGUGGUAAAGGAGAUGCAGGACAAAAAGGGGAAAGGGGUACCCCUGGAGCAGGAGAGCCUGGCCAACCUGGACCUAAAGGGGACCAGGGUGAUCGGGGUCUCACUGGAUUGUCUGGAAAACCUGGUGCGAAGGGCAGUCAAGGUGACGCAGGGGAGAGAGGGGAGGCAGGAAAUUCUGGUCCACAGGGGCCCAUGGGCCCCAGAGGGAAGGAUGGACUAAAAGGAGACAAAGGAGAGGAUGGCAUUCCAGGAGAAUCAGGGUUGGCGGGUAAACCAGGGGAGAGAGGUCUAAGAGGACUGCCAGGUCAACCAGGUCAACCUGGGCUAAAAGGAGACACGGGUGAUCCAGGGGAAGAUGGAAGAAAUGGUACCCCAGGUCCCAGCGGACCAAGAGGCACAAAGGGAGAACAGGGAAUACAAGGUCCCCCUGGGCCACCUGGUGAUGUGACAUCUGGAGAGAAACAACUGAAAGGUGACAGAGGAGAAAAGGGAGAGGCAGGUGACCCAGGGGAGCAUGGGGCUAAAGGCCAAAAGGGUGAAACAGGAGCUUCAGGCCCGCCAGGACCAAGUGGUCCUGAGGGGCUGCGGGGGCUACCAGGAGCCAGAGGUGACCCGGGCGAUAGGGGCAGUCCAGGAGACAAGGGAGAAAGAGGAGGGGCUGGUUUGGAUGGACGACCCGGUCAGGAUGGGAAACCUGGGCCGCCUGGAACUCCUGGAUUACGGGGUGACCCAGGAAAACAAGGGGAUCCUGGAAGAGAUGGCUUGGCGGGACUAAGAGGGCCUCAGGGGCCUCCAGGACCACUUGGGCCCCCAGGAGCUAAUGGCACACCUGGUAAAGCAGGGGAGGAUGGUAAACCAGGACUGCCUGGAAAACCUGGCGAGGAUGGCGUGCCAGGAGAGGAUGGUCGAAAGGGAGAUAAAGGAGAGUCGGGGCCUGCUGGAAGAGAUGGUCGAGAUGGGUUGAAAGGUGAUCAGGGCAUUGCAGGACCUAUUGGCCCUCAAGGUUCCAUUGGACCCCCUGGAGUUCCUGGAAAUGUCGGACCACCAGGACCUGUGGUGUAUGUUAAAGGGGAGCCAGCAACACCUAUUCCAGGCCCCCUGGGCCCUCCAGGAGCCCCUGGAGUACCUGGUGUUCCAGGAGCUGCUGGACAAAGAGGGGAGAGAGGUCUGCCAGGCUUGAAAGGAGAUGUGGGUGAUCCAGGAGAGGAUGGCAGACCAGGAACUGUAGUGGAUGUGAAGAGAGCUUUGUCAGAAUUUGGCAUUGAGGUCAGAGAACUGAAACUAUUAGUUGAUGACAGAAGCAAUCUGGUAUCAAAGUUGAGCGAAUUGACGGAGGGAAAGAGGGGAGAAAAGGGAGAUGUCGGAACCAGAGGCCCUCCAGGAGCAGAUGGUGCAAGGGGUUUUCCGGGUGAACGAGGUGUCAAAGGAGAGCACGGUGAGAAAGGGCCUCCUGGCCCACAGGGUCCUCCAGGCAGGGCAAUUGGAGAAAGAGGCCCAGAGGGUCCACCAGGACAGGCAGGUGAACCCGGAAAGCCAGGAAUACCAGGAGUACCAGGACGAGCCGGUGAACUUGGAGAAGCUGGCAGACCUGGGGACAAGGGGGGAAAAGGGGAAAAAGGGGACAAAGGGCCAGCUGGUCCGGCUGGAUUGCCUGGCCUAGGGGGGCCUCCAGGACCAAAGGGGGAUUCUGUCUCCGCUCAGAGUGGUUUGCCUGGUCCAAGGGGUCUUCCAGGCCCCCAAGGUAUCAGAGGAGAGGCUGGUCCAGUAGGACCUCCUGGAACUACAGGAGAGAGGGGCUACACAGGUCCUCGUGGGGAGAAGGGAGACAAAGGAGCCAGUGGAGAACGUGGAAAAGAUGGCUUCCCAGGAAGUCCAGGAGAGCCAGGAAAACCAGGGCUGGAUGGGAAGCCGGGCUUGCCUGGGUUCCCAGGAGUGCUGGGCAGACCGGGGAAUCCAGGAGAACCAGGAAUAAGAGGACCAACCGGACCGAUGGGCGGAAAUGGACCCCCAGGGGCUCCUGGUGUAAAGGGUGACCAAGGAGAACCAGGCAUUGGAGUUCAAGGCCCUCCUGGAUCUCAGGGCAACAGAGGGUUACCUGGACCUCCAGGCACUCCAGGAGCAAUAGGACCACAAGGACCUCCAGGGCUUCCAGGACAAGUGGGAGAGGGGGGCAAGCCUGGGGUCCCAGGGAGAGACGGUGUUCCAGGAAAAGAUGGCCUGCCAGGGUUAUCUGGGAAACAGGGUAUUGCCGGACCCAUCGGGUCCCCAGGAUUAAAAGGAGAGCAGGGAGACAGCGGUCCACCAGGAAAGUCUGUCACCGGACCCCCUGGAACGAAGGGUGAGAUGGGUCCUCCUGGUCUGACAUUACCAGGUACCGUUGGAGAAAGAGGCCUUCCUGGUUCACCGGGUCUAAAAGGAGACAAAGGGCCAGCGGGAAUCAAAGGAGAAAGAGGUGCUGCGGGUGAUCCUGGAGAUCCUGGUGAGAAUGGAAUGAGAGGACCACCAGGGCUCAAAGGAGUCAAAGGAGAGGCAGGUGUGGGAAUGCCUGGGCCUCCAGGACAACUUGGCCCCAUUGGCUUAAAGGGUGACCCUGGCUUACCAGGUCCUCCGGGCCCUCCUGGACCACGUGGAUUGGAUGGCACGCCAGGACUGGCAGGGCAGAGAGGUGAAGCAGGACAGCCAGGACCCCCUGGACCACCAGGAGACAGGGGUCUACAAGGGUUUAUUGGCAAAGCCGGAAACCCUGGAAUACCAGGAGCUGCUGGGCCCCCUGGACCCCCAGGCACUGCGGGCCUUGCAGGACUGAAGGGCGAUAAGGGUGAAAUUGGUAUAGGAGUGCCAGGUUUAAGAGGAGAGCGAGGAGACCCAGGGCCUCGGGGAGAAGAAGGUCGGGCUGGAACAGAUGGAGAGAGAGGCCCUACUGGUCCUCUUGGCAGCAAAGGAAACAGAGGAGAUAAGGGCGAACAAGGUCCUUCGGGAAUUAAAGGAGAAAAGGGAGAUACUCAGCUGGUGGGUGGACCUCCAGGAGAGAAAGGAGUGAAAGGAGAAACCGGGGAGCGGGGACCUAAAGGUGGACAGGGUGAAAAGGGUGCAAAGGGACAGGAAGGACCACCAGGAGAACAGGGUCUGAGAGGGGAGCCGGGAGAGAGAGGUUCCACUGGCUUCCAGGGAGCCCGUGGUCCUGGUGGUCAGAAGGGAGAAGCAGGGCUGCCAGGUGUCCCAGGAGAAGCAGGAACACCUGGUAAAGAUGGUCUGCCUGGAAUGAGAGGAGAGAAGGGAGAGUUUGGGCCUGGAGGUCCGCGAGGCCUCAAGGGAGAACGAGGCGCCAAGGGAGCAUGUGGACAAAGCGGUCCAAAAGGAGACAAGGGGGAUGCUGGGAUUAAUGGCAGACCGGGAUUGCCAGGAAAGAAAGGAGAGCAGGGUGAAGGCGGGUCUCCAGGUCCCACAGGAAGUCCAGGGAAGGAGGGUCUCAUUGGAGCCAAGGGUGACAGAGGCUUUGAUGGAGUUACUGGGCCGAAGGGAUCACAGGGAGAGAAAGGUGAACGGGGCCAACCUGGUAUCCCUGGUUCCCUGGGUCCAAGAGGAGCGGAUGGACCCCCUGGUCUAACGGGCCCUCAAGGACCUGCUGGAGGUAAAGGUCCAGAGGGCCUGCAAGGACAAAAGGGUGAAAGAGGUCCUUCAGGCCCUGCUAUGGUUGGCCCACGUGGCAUCCCUGGGAUCCCAGGAGAAAGAGGAGAACAGGGCGAGAUUGGCACUGAUGGACCUAAAGGAGACAGAGGAGAACCAGGCAUGACGGAGGAUGAGAUUCGGACUUAUGUUCGAAGUGAGAUGAACCUGCAUUGUGGUGUUCUGGAAGUUGAGAAACCUGUACCAGUGCAGGCUUACCGAAGCUCCUCCACGUCCCCUGAGCGCUCACUAGUCCGAGGGGACGAGGAGGGUCAAAAGCUGCGUGUUGUGAUGAACACAAAUGAUCCAGACUACGAGCACAUUUACUCUAUAGAGACCUAUGAUGAUGAUGCUCCAAUGGUGGAGAUUGCUGACUAUGACACCACUGUCAAUAAAAGCCAGGGUCAAACCGUCUCUUUUGAUUCUUUAAAAGCUGAAAGGACAAAAUUUGAGGUGAACGGUGAAGACUCCUGCAUCUUGCCCAUGGAAGAGGGUAAUUGUUCCCACUAUACUUUGCGUUGGUACUUUAACUCUGAGGUGGGCGUCUGUAGACCUUUUAUCUACAGCGGCUGUGGAGGAAACGCUAACCGCUUUUUACAGAAGGAAGAUUGUGAGAAACUCUGUCUACAACAAUAAGAAGAAUUGAGUUUUGGCUUGAAGACAAGAGUUGACUGCAAACAGAGGAUCUUUAACUCAUCAGCAAUAUAAAAAAGCUAAACCUCAGUGUUGAACACUGCCAUUAUGCACAAGAGAUCAAGGUAGAGAUUGAUGUCAACACCUUUUCCUCAGCGGAACAAGCAAAUUUUAAAUAUUGAUCAGAUCUUUCUUGUUUAUUUAUUUUGUGUCUGUUGAGCUGCCAAACAUCUGUUAAUAUUCCUGCCGAUCUGGAUUCAUCUACAUACAUUGUUAUAUAUAUAUAUAUAUAUAUAUAUAUAUAUAUAUACACAUGUACAUAAGUCCAG